AUGCAUGGGUCGGUGCACGGGUUCCCUGUGAUGUUGGACAACAUAGAUUGUAUGCAUUGGGAGUGGAAGAACUGCCCCACCGCCUUGAAGGGGAUGUCGAACAACGACAUCAACAUUCUCCAGUCGUCGCCCCUGUUCAACGAUCAGUGCAAUGGCGUUGGUCCCUCCAUCAGUUUCGUCGCCAACGACAACCAACACGAUAAGAGAUACUAUUUGGUGGAUGAGAUAUACCCAAACUGGUCCGUCUUUGUGAAGACGAUCAAGCAUCCACUCGGACAAAAGAAGACAUACUUUGCGAGCCGUGAGGAGGCAGCGCGCAAGGAUGUGGAGCGGACAUUUGGUGUGCUCCAGAGUCGAUGGGCGGUAGUGAAGGGACUUAACGGCAGACGGCAGUGGUAUAUUCCCAACAUCGGCGAUGUCAUGUAUGCAUGUAUCAUAAUGCACAACAUGAUUGUCGAAAAUGAAGCUGCGGAACUGACUCAGUGGACCAAUGAAGAUGAUACGGGUGCCGGUCCAAGCCACGGCGUGGCCACCGCGAAUGUGAAUAUGGGGGUACCUCAUGGAGAGGUCGAGCGGAUGCGCGCAUUUACCGACAUGCGGCAAACAAAUGCCCAUGUUCGACUUCAGCACGAUAUCAUCGAAGAGGUUUGGACGCGGAGGGGUGGACGUUGA